AAUGGGCGAGCGCGGUGGAGGGAAAAAGGCCGAGGGCGAAGGGUUGGCCAGACGCAGGGACGCCGCACGCCGUGAGUAGAGGAGUGAGGGCAAAGGCGGGGACCGGGUGGUGGUUCCACUCUCCCGGGCCUCGGCCGGCACAGGCCUGACUAGACGCCAACGCUGUUCCGCCAGAGAAGGUCUGGCGUGGCAGGAUGACCUCUGGCUCCCGCGGCCUCUCCUUCGGCCACGCCUCCUGGUCGGUUGGCGUCGCUGUGGCCCGGGAGCUAGGGGCUAAGCCACCUCCUGCCGCACCCUGUCAUUACCGGGCUGAUUGCCCGCAGUUUUUUUAGUCCUUUCGUGGGGCUCCCGGUUGGUGUCGUUCAUCCAACCACUGACUCGGCUUGUAAAUAUCGGGCGUCGAGCUAGGCACUGGAUGAAAGGAGAUAGCUCGGUCCCUGUCAUCAUUUAGUGGUUUGUUUUUUUAUUAUUGACUUAUGUAUGUGUAUGUGCCUAUAAGAGCUUAUUGCAACAGGUAUGUGCAGGAGUUCGUAGAAACCAGAAAAGGGAGUAAAGGAUCCCCUGGAACUGGAAAUUUUGAGCAACUGUCAGCCGCCAUGUGGGUGCUGGGAAUAUAGGUCCUCAGAUCAAUGAUGAUGUUUGGAAAAAUUUCAAGGCAGCUCUUCAGCUUAAAGAAAAUCCCAUGGUCGUGUGACUCCAGAUACUUCUGGGAAUGGUUGAAUACAGUGUUUAAUAAAGUAGAUUAUGAACGAAUCAAGGAUGUUGGCCCUGACAGGGCAGCAUCUGAGUGGCUACUUCGGUGUGGAGCCAAAGUACGCUACUGUGGCCACCAGAAGUGGCUACAGGACUAUAACAAACUCCCAGGAGGCUCCGUGGACAGAUACAAGAUUCAAGCAAUUGAUGCCACCGAUUCUUGUAUCAUGGACAUUGGGUUGGAACACAUGGUGGGUCUAGAGCAUGUUGAAAAAAUAACACUGUGCAAGUGUCAUUAUAUUGAAGAUAACAGUUUGCAGAGGCUUAGUCAACUUGAAAAUUUACGAAAAAGCCUAUUGGAGCUGGAAAUAAUUGCCUGUGGAAAUGUCACAGACAACGGCAUCAUUGCUUUGCGACAUUUUAGGAACCUCAGGUAUUUGUUCUUAAGUGAUCUUCCUGGAAUAAAAGAUAAAGAAUACCUUGCCCAGGUCUUUAAGACAGCACUGCCUUCUCUGGAACUAAAAUUAAACCUGAAGUAAAAUAAGUGUCUGGUUUCACUAUUAAGGAUCACUUGAAAUUGCUGAUAUUAGAUAGCUACAAAUAUUACAUAAUCACCAAUAGAACUGUGAAAAUGAUUUACAAGUGGAGAAUGGAUGUCAGGAAGAGAAUAAAUAAUCAAAAGUGACUCAGUAAAGUUAUUUAGUUGGAUGUGAAAAAUUAUGUACAUUGAAUCAUUUUUAAAAAUACAACAUAGCAUUUUAAUUCUAAUGUAUUUCUCAGUAAUAUACAUAUAUGUAGAUGUUAAUGUAGAGUUCUUUAAACUGCAAUGUGAAUAUUCUUUCUUAUAAUAAUUUACAUCACAUUGAAGCAUGUUACUGUAAAUGUACAAUUAUGAAAACCUGAAAGCUCAGUUACAGAUUCACUGAUGGGCUUCAUUGUACAGAGCUGUCAGUGGUGUUGAGAACAGCAUGCCUGCCGUAUCACUUCCCAGGAUUUGCAUGAUUGCUCAAGCUGCAUUCCUAAUAGUGCGUACUUUUAAAAAUACCCUUGCUCAGAAAGAGAGGUGCUGGCUGCUUUGUCCUACUUUAAAGUUUUGGGCUACUUCCUGCUGUUAAAACAGAAGGCAAUACUUAUCUACACCCAACUAGUUUUGCUGGUAAAACAAACAGAGGAAACAGGCAACCCUACUCUCCAUCUGCUUCAAACAGGAAUGCUUGUCUGUUAGAAGCUAAUUUUGCUAUCUCUCGAAUACUUUGAAUUCUACCUUCUGUGAACUCAAGGUAUAUAAAAAUAUAAAUACAAAAAUGAAUUUUAUAUCUAGAAAAGACUAAUAAAGAAUGCCAUAAGUA